AUGGCGUUUCAAACCGCAAAACGUGACUUGCGCAGGAGGAUGCGCUCAACCCUGCAGGCGUUGUCGGCAACAGCAAUAAGUCAACAAUCCAGUGCUGCUACAACCAAAUUCCUGUCACUGGCCGAGUACCAGAAUGCGAAGAACAUCGCCGUAUACUUGUCUAUGCCAAGUGGGGAACUCUCAACAACGGGGAUCGUAAAGGAUGCUCUAGAGCAGGGAAAGAAUGUCUACAUCCCAUAUAUUCACACGCAGGAGAAAACAUCCGUCAUGGACAUGUUCGCACUCGGAUCCUUGACCGAGUUCGAGUCAUUACAGCCGGACAAAUGGGGAAUCCCAUCUUUCCUAUCUACCCAAAUUGAAGGCCGCCAGAACGCAAUGGAACAGGGAUUGGAUCUUAUCGUGAUGCCAGGCAUGGCCUUUGAUCACGAAUUCCGACGACUCGGUCAUGGUAAAGGAUAUUAUGAUCAUUUCCUAACGCGAUACUCGAAUUUGACCCGCAAAAUGCCAUUCCUUGUUGCCCUUUCCCUCCAAGACCAAUUGCUCGCCGAGGAGAUUCCCGUGGUGGAGCAUGACUGGCUGAUAGAUGCGAUCGUGGUUGGUGAUGGUCGAUACCUGGACCGCAGGGUGUAG